CCUUCUUCUACGUUGUGCUUGUGCCCCUCCCUCUCUCUCUCUCUCUAAUGCUCCUACUGGGCUACUCUCUCUCUCUCUCUCUCUCUCUCUCUCUCUCCUCUUUCUCUCUCAUCAUAGAUGAUGAUGAUGAUGUUUCAUGUUUGUUUUUAAAGCCCUCUGUUGUUUACCCAAUUCUUUUCUCACUACUCCUCACUACUUUUAUUGAAGGAAAUUUGUUGACUCUCCAUACCCACUCCAUUUUUUUUUUUUUUUUGUGAUGGUGGGUUAUCUGCACCUUUAUUUAUUAAUUUUUAAUUUUUAAUAUUUAUUUCUUUUUUUGGGGGCUUGCCCAAAGUGGUUUUGUUGUUUCAGUGGAGGUUUAGUGCUUGUUUAUUUGUAUAUAUUGCCUACAAAUCCAUUUCUUUCUGUUAACUUGGCAAUGCCAGCUUCUUGAAUUUCUCUUUUCCUUGCUCAUGCUUUGUUGAGAUCCAAAUUACCUUUUUUUUUUUUUUUUUUUUGGAAUUGUUUUUGGUGGUGUGUUUUAUUGGUGUGUGUUUGUGAGUCUGUGAAUGUGAUCUUUUAGGUUCUUCAGGAGAUUCAAUAAUACAAGCAAAGAGAGAUGCUGAGAAUGAAUUCCAGGUCUCCUUCUCCACAUUUGAGUUUGCAGCUACAAGGUGCUCGUGAAAAUGGUCUACUGACCAAGGAUGUGCUGAAUAUGUCUCCUAGACCAUCCUACCAUUUAAACCCUGCUGGACGGUUGGAGAGGACAUUUUCUGGCCAAUCUUCCAUUUGUUGGGAAUCUGAGAAGGCAGCAGAUUUUAGUUCCUUCACUUCCGCUCUUUCAAGUGACACUCCAACAACAAAGUCAUCUGAAGAACUGACGAAGGAGAUUGCUACACUAGAGUUUGAAAUUAUGAAUUUGGAGCAUCAUCUUCUUUCACUAUAUCGGACAGCUUUUAAACAGCGUUUACCGCCCAUAAUGGAGAACCGUGGAUCCUGUUUAGAGUAUAAUAAAGGAUCACCACUGCAAGUUAUAGUGGAUCAGUCAUGUUACAAAACAGAGCCUGACAUGUGGCAAGGUGGAACUUCUCAUCAUAACCAACCUUCCCCUGCACAUAAUUUGGCUGGUUCAGAAAAUCGAAAUCGUGCUGCUGCUCCAAAAUCAUCAUCUAGAAAGUUGCAGGACCAUAAGAAUCCUGAUUCUGGCCACCAUAGCCUUGCUGAUCACCUUGGUGCUUCUCGCAUCGAUGAUGCCCUUGAUACUCCGGAUAGACUUUCUGAAGAAAUUGUCAAAUGCAUCUCCUCAAUUUACUGCAAGCUUGCAAACCCCACUUCAACUCAUCCAGGCUUUUCAGUUUCUUCUACUUCCUCCUCAUCCUCCUCAAGUACUUCCUCUACCAGAAAUCUUUCUGAUAGUUGGAGUCCACGUUGCAAUGAGGAAGCUACAGGGCAUUGCCAACUUCAAGAGUUGAAAGAGGAGAGUGGAUCAUAUGCUUCAAUGAUAGAAGUUCUCAAAAUAUACUUAGAUGAUGAUAGUUUCAAUUAUGCUGCUAGAAUGCUACAGGAUUUCAGGUCCUUGGUUAAAAGUCUUGAGAAGAUUGACCCAAGGAAGAUGAAGCGUGAAGAGAAGCUUGUAUUUUGGAUCAACAUUCACAAUGCCCUGGUGAUGCAUGCAUAUUUAGCAUACGGAACUCAUAGUCAUGCAAGAAGUACUUCUAUUUUGAAGGCAGCUUAUAAUAUUGGUGGGCAGUGCAUUAAUGCUUAUGUCAUUCAAAGCUCCAUUUUAGGAAUCCGGCCACACUAUUCAGCCCCGUGGCUACAAACACUGCUGUCUCCAGGAAAGAAGUUGAAGACGGGAAACGUCAAACAUAUAUAUGCCAUGGAAUACCCUGAGCCACUUGUUCAUUUUGCACUCUGUUCAGGGGCAUACUCUGACCCUGCGGUUCGAGCAUACAAGGCAAAAAAUAUAUUUCAGGAUCUCAAACUUGCUAAAGAAGAGUUCAUACAAGCUAGUGUCUACAUCCACAAGGAAAUGAAAAUUUUCCUGCCAAAAAUCAUUUACUACUUUGCCAAGGAUAUGUCACUGAGUGUGCCUGCACUCUUGGAAGUGGUCAAUGGGUGUCUAUCAGAAGUUCAACAGGCAGCUGUCAAAAGGUUCGUGAAGGGUAGGCCCAACAAGUACAUUCAUUGGUUGCCGCAGAGUUCUACUUUUCGGUAUGUGAUCCAUAGAUAGCCGAAGGGAGAACAUCUAUUUGAUCAUCUCUUUUUUCUGUUGUGUAAGUACGAAUAAAAGAGAGAAUAAUUUGAAGUGUAUAGAGGUCCAAGGUUGAGAGAAGUUGAUGAGGUGCACGCCGUGUUCCUGUUGAAUCUCAGUUAUGGAUUCAUAUAUAUAGGCAUGUUGAUUUAUUGUUAAUGAUGCUCAUCAACUUUAUAAGCUUGUCGAAGUUUUUGCAUUGUCAAUGAGAAACUAAAUACAGAACAUUUGGGCCGCCUCGGAUUAAAAUCACAACCGAGUAUUUCCCAGGGCCUAUAAAAAGCGACUUUGGUUGGAAAAUUCCUCAAGGUCUUUUUCUCUUUAUAUGUAUAUUAAUAUUAGUGAUGAAUUUAUUUAUUUAUUUUAAUUUUUGUUCUCACUGGAAAAUAA